CCAGAUAAAGCAGAAGCAGUACAUAACGAAAAGUGCUGAAGCCUGAGGAAGAUUCAGCGGAAUAAUUUCUGACUGUCCUUGAAUUCUUAUAAAGUUAAUAAUAAAAAAAACCAGAAGCAAAUAACGAUCCCCCAAGAAUGAAUAUCCAACGUUGAUUGGCUUUCUAAUCCAUGCAGUUACCUUUACGGUGGACAGUCAAUAAUAUUAUUAUUUAAAAUGAAUGGCAAUUCACUUAACGUAGGGCUCAGACACAUUCAUAAGCAAAUGGAAAUGCGAGGAGUAAAAAGACAGUAACGGAAACUUUACUAUCCCUCAUUUGCAGUGAAAUGUAACGAAGUGAAGAAGAAUGUAUCGAAUGAAGGGGAAGGAAUGAGGAAAUCUAAAGAUUUUUGAAUUUUUAAAAUGAAUCCCAGGAAAAUAUAAUUAAAUUUAUCAACUCUCCAGAAUCUGCAGUUUAAAGCACAGCAGAAAUCUUGAUAAUGAAAACACAAUUGUAAAUAUUGCGAGCGAGUCUGAAAAGACUAAAAAUACAGCAAAAUAAAACAAACUGAUUCAUUGGCACAGACUAAUAAAUUCGUAUGACUCAGGUGAUUCCAGCCAUUGGCUAUCGGAUUUAGCACAUAUGUAGCGACAUCGAUGGCUGAUCAAGUGCACUUCGCCCAUUGCAGUAAAACAAAAAUGAGAAUAAAUGAAUAAGAAAAUCCUCUCCACCUAUACUACCAUCCUCUCGUGUGGGUUGUGUGGGCUUCAUAAGUAGAAAAAAAAAGAUUCAACAAAAGAGAUGUAGACAGAAAUAAAACUCGAGACAAACGUCAAUUGCUCGAUCCAUGGGGGCUAAGUGGGAUUAUCAAUCGAAUGGGACGAGUUGAAUUGUAAUGGCGAAGGGGGACGAAUGAAAAUUGAAUACGAGGAAUUGAGUAAAAUUAACGAGCCACCCCUAGUCAGAGCAGAGGCCGUACAAGUGGGAGUUGAAGACAAAUCUAGAGAAAAAAUUCUUGAGAAAUAAAACCGGAUGUUCCCCUGGGGCAAAACAAAGAGUGAGAGAGAAAGUUUCUAUUAUUGUGACUCGACGACUUCUGUAAUCCAUUCAUAAAUGACUUUUAUCCUUGAUAAAAGUUCCAAAGAGUAUUGCUACUAAAUACCGAUGAUAAUGGAGGCUCAAGAACUCUAAUUACUUGCUUCACUCCACUUGGAAAAUGAGUGGCUUCGUAUCAAUGUGACAUAAAAUUUCUUGAUAAUAUUUUCCUUCACAAAAAUAUUCCGUUUCUGUAAUUUUCACUGAAUCAUUUGCUGCGGAAUCGAAGCGAAUAUUUUAUUGCUAUUAAUCAUCGCAGACAGAAGAAAACAGAAUCACGAGCCACUUGUAAUGCACAAAAGAAACUGUCUUUGAUACAGAGCAGCCAAAAAAAAAAGCGACAAAUGGUGAGUUUGGAGUGCAGCCAAUCCAUUGUGAAGCAACUGAGCAAGAAGAAAAAAACAACGGAUAUCGAACAAAAGUUUUUUCGAUUCACUGGUGAAUAUAAAUUGUCAAAAUGACGUAGUUGAGUAUCGAUAAUGGACAGUCAGGUAAAGAGAAUAAAUUCUUUAUCUGGUUCUGUAGAGCUACGUAAAUUGGUAUUAAUUCUCUUUGAACCAUCACCAUAUGUGAAGCAACACGUGAAGAGACAGAUAUCCACGAAACAGAGUGAAUGGAACAGCCGAUAAUCGGUGGAAACACGUACUGGAUUCAGUGUUGAGUACAAAACCCGCACGGAUUUUAUCGACCUUGUGCAUAAUCGUGGUAUUUUGACGAGGUUAACAGUGGUGUAUCCAUCACGAGGAAAUUCAACGGACAUUAAAUUGAGGUUAAAAACCAGAACGAAGCUGCAGAAAAUGAGGAAACAAUAGAGAGUGAGAUGGUGAUACACUGCAUGGAGAAGUUUUCGGAGCCAACGAGAAACUGGAAGCAACUCGACUUGUUCGGAUUAAUCGCACUGGAGAUAUCACGAAUUCGUUUUACCCAGCCACUGGCUCCCAACGUGAUAAACCAGCUGAGGUCAUCCAUUCCAUGAUUAUUCCAGUGUUCAUCCCAUCACCGGAGAAUUGGCAUCGAGUGUGGGAACCGAAGAGUAUUGUUGACCAUCCGUCCGUCCAAGAUUGUACCGUUGAGUGGUCUGGUAUGACGCAGCAGUCUAUAGGGUGGUAUUGGUGAAUCCUGAAGCGAACGCCUUCAGCUACAUCUCGGGAAUAAGCGAUGAGGCGGCUCGAAAGCAAACCUAAUUUAAUGAAACCUGUACAAAAUUAACACCUCAAAAAACACAUGGAGAAAUUGUUUUGCUGUUUAUGCAAAUAACAAACUGUUCCAUUUUUGCUGACAAGUGUAAAACAAAUAUCACUUUAAUAUCGGCCAUAACACAAUGACGGCAGUUCGGAAAAAUCAUCGGAGCCAUCAUGAGGUUCAUCAAGUGUACAAUCUUAUUCCUAUUCAUUCCCAUGAUCUCCAUCCAAGGGCAAUCAUUUCUCGAUAACAUUAGAAAACUACCAGAAAAAAUAUCCGAAAAGUUCAAUGAGUACUGGCACUUCUACAAGGCUAACUUCGACAAGGCGUACAAGGGUAAGGAGGAGCAUCGUAGGCGUAGAAUAUGGGAGCGCAGUCUGCUCAAGAUUUACCAUCAUAACUUGGAAGCUGCUGCAGGCCAUCACACCUAUACACUCAGAGACAAUGAUAUUGCUGAUCUUUCCUCGAGAGAGUACCACAAGGCAUUGGUGAAAUUACUACCCAGUCGAAAAAGACGUAUCAGUGAUGAUGAAAUUGUUGGUGCUGUUCACCACGACCCCCGAUCAAUUCCAACUCAUUUAGAUUGGCGUAAAUUGGGGUUCAAAACAAAGCCAGUAAAUCAACGUGACUGCGGUAGUUGCUACGCUUAUUCGAUAGCUGAAAGUAUCGCAGGUCAAAUUUUUAAGAAGACAGGAUUAGUAAUACCACUGAGUGCACAGCAGCUAGUCGAUUGUAGCACCAUUACUGGAAAUCUCGGUUGUGCCGGUGGUUCGUUGAGGAAUACAAUGAAAUAUUUCGAGAGAGUUGGUGGUCUUAUGGCCCAGGUUAAUUAUCCGUACAAAGCCAGAGAAAGUAGCUGCAAAUACAACGGAGAUCUAAGUGCCGCUAACGUCAGUUCGUGGGCAAUUCUACCAGCCCAAGAUGAACGUGCACUGGAGGCUGCUGUUGCGACUAUUGGACCCAUUGCCACCUCCAUAAAUGCCAGUCCCAAGACAUUUCAACUCUAUCAUACGGGCAUUUACGACGAUCCACUAUGCAGUUCUGACACCGUUAAUCACGCUAUGCUCAUUGUUGGCUAUACACCCACUUACUGGAUUUUAAAAAACUGGUGGGGCGACCAGUGGGGUGAAGGUGGAUACAUGAGGAUCAAGAGGAGUGUAAAUCGAUGUGGAAUAGCUAAUUAUGCUGCGUACGUGCGCGCCGAACUAAUAUAUUAACGAUUUUGUUUCAAAUUAAUAAAAAAAGAAAUUAAAACCAGACAUCUAUCACAUUUUUAAUUGUUUUAUACGAUUUAUACUAAACGAAAAUUUUUUAUCAUAUUAAAAUUAUGG